UGAGGUGAAUGUUGUCUACUACUAUUAGUGAUCAAAAUCGCUAAAAUCCCAUCAUAUCGUUAAACCAUUACAAAAAACAUAAAUGUAGAACUAUAAAAAACAAAGAUUUAUAUCACAACUCAGAAUGAGUCAACAAGAAAUUAAGAAAAUCAUGUCCUACAUUUCUCUUCUUUCUCUCUCUAAAUAAACACACUCACACACACAACCUCUUUUCUUUGACUCUCAACCAAUCUCCCCUUUCACCUUCUUCCGACGAUGGCCUUCCAUCGCCGUACACUCCUCUAUGAAUCCGCCCCCAGCUUUUGCCAAUCCUCCUGCCCGGAGCAACAGACCGCCUGUACAUUGACCUGCUCCAAAUACUGCCCAGACUCCUGCAUAUCAUCAGAAUCCGAUCGAUUCCCGCCGCCGCCCCCUCCUCCUCCAGCCUCCACCGCCAUCGAUCCAGGCGGAGCCCCGACCGGCGGCCUCUCCCACGCCCUCACCAUCUCCCUCGCUGUCCUCGCCACCGCCUUCUUCCUCUUCACCUGCUACACCAUCUACAAAUUCUACACCCUCUGGAAAGCCUCCCGCCGCCGCCGGAUGUUGCGUCAAUCGCAGCGCCGCGAUUUCGACGAAGAAGGCGGCGGCGGCGAUUUUAUCGAUGGAGACGUCGUUGACCACCCGAUCUGGUACAUCCGGACGGUCGGGCUGCAGCCGUCGGUGAUCAACGCGAUCACGAUUGUGAAGUACAAGAGCGGCGACGGAAUCGUGGAGGGGACCGAUUGCGCCGUGUGCCUCAGCGAAUUCGAGGAGGAUGAGACGGUGAGGUUGCUCCCAAAGUGCAGCCACGCCUUCCACAUCCCCUGCAUCGAUACGUGGCUGGCUUCUCACACGAAUUGCCCCCUGUGUCGGGCUGGGAUUGUUGCUGCUGCCGGCGGUGCGUUUCAGCUGCAAGAGGAGCCGAUUGGCGUUGAUUCGAGGCGGAGUGAUGAAGGAUCGGAUGGGUUAGGGUUAGGGUUAGGUGAAAUUGAAGGGGAUGGGGCGGUUAGAUCUCAAAUUGGGAUCGAAUUUGAGGGGAAUGUGGAAGGCGAUUGCAAAAUUGAUGUGGAAUUUGAUGCGGCGGUGCAGCCGGUUAGGAGAUCGGUGUCGAUGGACGCUUUGUUGGCGUCGGCGAUCAGCGCUGCGGUGGCGAAUGCUUUUCCGCGGCAGUGUGAUAAGAGCUCCGGCGAUCAGUUGGGAAAGUUUGAGAGCCCUUCGAUUGAGAGGUAUGCGCAGACGGGGUCGUGUUCUAUCAAGAGGUCGGCUUCGUGCAGCGCCAAGGUGUUUCUUUCGAGACACAGCAGCCGGAGAUGAGAAAUUUGGACUUGUACGGAUCCGGUAAAUGGAACUCGUGCGGAUGGAAAACGCACGUUUUUGCUGAUGAAGCGUAUUUUUCUUCUUUUCGUAGCGAUUUGAAUCAUGCUGACUGCGGUUGAUCAUACCCCGCUGAAUAAGAAUGUCAUCGACUAGCUAGCGGAUCCAAGAAAUGGAACUCGUGUGGAUAGAACUCGUCGGCUGAAGAAUGCCGUAGUUGAUUAGCUAGCGUUGUCUACGAUGAAGCGUUUUUUGUUUCCCAUUUGAGUAGCUAGCGGAUCCAGGAAAUGGAACUCGUUAGCUGAAGAAGGCCGUAGUUUACCAGCUAGCCUUGUGUACCAUGAAGCGUUGUUGUUUCUUUUCGUAGUGAUAAGAAGGUCGUCGACUAGCUAGCGUCGUCUGCCGCCCAAGCCGCCCAAACGGCUGAGGAAGUGCUUUUUCUUUUCGUAGUUGUCUGAAUCAUGAAAUUGCAGUUUCUCUGAAAUAUGUUUAUGCUGCGAGAAUUAUAAUUGGAUAGAAAAAAUUUGCUGCCGAA